GAAGGUGAUUCACUUCGUGCCUUGGUCGGGUGUUCACCUGGUGUCUAAACAUCAACCUGGAAAAGACUAUCGUGUGUUUCAGGAGAUUAUCAUCGAGAUAAGGUGUAAAACCCAGCCUCACAUCUGGAAUGGCUUCUCCAUGGGAUUUGAGCCUCUGUUUGGACUCGCCAUCCGUCUCUAGUCAAGGAACCGUUAAGGAUAAAUCGAGUUUUAAUGCAGAUGAAGAUGCUGCUGCUUUAAGGAAGGCCAUGAAGGGAAUCGGUGUCAAAGAGCAGACGCUGAUCGACAUUCUGACUCAGAGAAGCUGCGCUCAGCGUCAGCAGAUCUGUAAAGCGUACGAGGACGCAACUGGAAAGUCUCUUGCGGACGAUCUGGAGGGAGAAACUUGGGGACAAUUUGAGAACAUCAUAGUGGCUCUUGUCACCCCGCCGGCGCAUUUCGACAUGCAGGAAGUGAAAAAGGCAAUUAAUGGAGUUGGAACCACAGAGAAAAUUCUGACCGAGAUCCUCGCAUCCCGAUCUAACCAACAGAUCAAGGCUCUGUCUGACGCAUAUUUACAGGACACAGGGAGAGCACUGAUUCACGAUCUGAAGUCAGAGGUUUCAGGGGAUUUGGGGGAAACUCUGCUCAUCCUCGCUGAGGGCAAAAGGGACGAUAAUAAAAACGUGGACGCUGCUCAAGCCAAAGAUGAUGCGAAGGCCCUGUACGAGGCCGGAGAGAAGAAAUGGGGGACAGACGAGGACAAGUUCAUCGAUAUCCUCUGUCACAGGAGCGUUCCUCAGCUCCGACAAACCCUGGUGGAAUAUCAGAACCUGAGCACAAAAACCCUGCAUCAGAGCAUCAAAAGCGAGAUGUCUGGAAGUACAGAGGAGGUUUUACUGGCCAUAGUGAAAUGUGUGACGAAUGCUGCAGCUUACAUGGCAGAGCUUCUCCAUGAGAGUAUGACGGGUUUCGGCACCGAUGAGGCCACGCUGACUCGGAUCAUGGUGAGCCGCUCUGAGAUCGAUUUGAAGGACAUCAAGCUCGAGUAUGAGAAACUGUACGGUCGCUCCUUGUACUCCGAUAUCGAGUCUGAAACCUCAGGAGAUUAUCAGAAAACCCUGCUGGGGCUCUGCGGAGCGGACGAUUAGGCCUGAGCUCAGAACCGAGCUCAGAACCCACCUCAUCACCCUGAAAAACAUGGAGGAGCCGAGAUGAAGUGAUGAAACCACAACACGGUGCUGCUUCCUCAAUCUUCACCACAAUUCUUUACAUUUUUACUCACAAACGAUCUGAAAACUCUUGAUGUUAGAUUAUAGAUAUUACAGAUCCUAUAUGAAGUAUGAUGUGUGGAUGGAACUGAUGGAUUUAACCCUUUAUAUUCUCUGCAGUGAAGUAUUUUACACUGGGAAGAUUCUGAGAAAUAA